AUGCCUCUCAUCCUCGGCUCUUCGAGGGCACGUCGAAGACGAUGCUACUACAUCACGCCUCGGCCACGCGUAAUGCCCUCCAAGAGAGCCCUUGAAGACGCCUCUAGCUCUUUGGCUGACUGCCAUUCCAUACUUCGGCGACUAUUUCCAAUACACGACGUGCAGGAACUGCUCCCGUUGUCGAGAGAGGAUCUCAUCGCUCUGCUUCGCCUGGAUCAACGCAGUGCGGCAGAGGCGCACAACGGCGCACGGCCGGAAGCAUUUCGAAAUCCAUCACCUCUUAAUGAUAUCUACACGUCUCCAAUGAGGGGCGAGUCUCCAAAGCCAAAGGCCAGGGCAGCUCGCUCACCACUGUCUGCUACUCCCUCGCAACCAGGCUCCUUGGCCGCAGCAAGCACAGUAGCUUCGUUGCGAUCUAACGAUGGCGAUUUGACAAUCCUGGAGCCGGUUCCGACGCCUGACGCAGAAUGGGACGAGGAGCGGCGCGAACGGGAGCAGGAGCAUGUGCCGGCAGAGGCUGAUGAUGUCAACGCGCUCUCCUUUGCUCUAGACCGCCAGGUAUCUUACUUGGGUAUAUCGUCUAUACGAGCUGCUCUACUUGUCAUGUUGAAACUACGCCCUUCACUAAGACAGGAGAUGGCCCCCGAUUCUGCGCCAAGUCUCCCCCGAAGACCUCUGGUACACCUACCAAUGCGAGAUGAAAACGAUGCCAGCAACAGUGAUAGGCGCUAUAGCUCGACAUCGGACUCUGUGCGGCCACGUCGCCCAUCCCAGGCGCGGACACUUUCACAGCAACAACUUUCCAAGCCAGCGCUCUCCACGCGAGUGGCCUGGUCGCGUCGGGGUCAGGCGCUGGUCGACGCCUACUUUCGGACGUUCCACAUGUACAUGCCCAUGCUGGACGAGCCGAUCUUCCGAGCCGAGUUCGCCGGUGCGAAGAGUCGGGAAGACGAGCCCUGGCAAGCGUUGGCGAACAUGGUUCUCGCUCUCGGCAGCGUCGCCGCAGCAAGGUCGGACGACCAGGAGGCCGAACACGCCACCUACUACGAGAGGGCUGUCUCAUUGCUGCCCCUAACUGCCCUUGGCAGCUCCCACAUCGAAACAGUGCAGACCUUAGCGCUGAUGGGCGGAGAGUAUCUGCACUACGUGAACCGUCCUAACAUGGCGUAUGGUGUCCUUGGAGCUGCGAUCCGCAUGGCUGGCGCCCUGGGACUACACAAGGAAGCUUUGACGGCCCCUCCGACGUCUUCUAUCCCGCCAGCCUUGCAAAAGGCUCUGGAGACGCGACGUCGUACAUGGUGGACUCUUUUCUGCGUAGAUACAUGGGCUACCAUGCUGACCGGGCGGCCGUCUUUUGGACGCUGGGAAUUGGCGACGAAUAUAGUAAUCCCUGACGGGGGAGUGGCCGAGAAUGACUCUUACGUUCAUAAGGAGGUCGGCGACGAUGGACGGAGAGUAGUUGAGGCCGAAUCAACAGAGGAUGAAACAGACCAGACCAGCGAUGCCGAGCUUCUGCGACAGCUUGCCGAAGGCGUCAAGUUUGCUAAGAUUGCUACGCGAGUUCAGGACGCAUUCGCCGUAUCGCCUAUCAUAACCACGGCCCUGCGGCAAGACAUCGACAGCCAGCUUGCUGCUUGGCACCUGUCGCAGUCGUGGCCAUCAUCACGGACCAGAAGCACCCAGAAACUUAGCAGAGACAAUGCGAGCUACCAGGACGCUGUGGGCGAUGAGGCACCGUGGCGCUUCACGCAGAGCCUCAUGAAGUGGCGUUAUCAGGACCUACGCAUGCUACUGCACCGGCCGGUGCUUCUCUUCCUGGCGAACAGCGGAUGCAGCGACUGGGAAGAUUGCAGUCCUGACGAUGCGGCCGCGGUAAAGAUGUGUCUGGCGCUUGCGAUUGCGACGGUGGAAGAUGUCGAACGGGAGUGGACGCCCAGUCGAAUAGCUGGAUGGAAGGCUGCCUGGUAUCUGCAUCAGGCCUCAAUGGUUCCUCUACUUAUCCUCCUGUGGAACCCGAGAAACAUGCCAAAUGAGGCAGUCCUAGAGCCCUGUCGUCGCGCAAUUCCCAUUGUCUUAAGCCUCCUUGAAGCCAUGAAGCCCUGGUCUUUAACUGCCAACCGCAGCUGCGCCUUGAUAGGCCGCGUCUUCGAAGCAGCUACACAAGGUGCCAAGGUGAACGUUACAGACGAGAAUGAUCUUACUCACAGCACUUCUUUCAUGUACGGUGGUCCUGACGCCAUACCUGCCGCCAGUAACAUUGGCAAUUCCGAACAACUACUUGACGAUGGUAACAUGACGAGAGCAGUGGGCGGAGACAUGGCACAGAGGACUACCGCAUUUGGCAGCAUCCCGAUACAGGAGGCGCUGGAUUUUAACUUUGGGCUCAACUUUGGGUUUCUGGGCUAUGAACAAGACGCUGCGAUGGGCGGCUUGAUUAACAUUGACUCUUUCGACAUGCUCGACCCGUUCUGGGGGCAGAACACUAUGUAA